GGGUCGGAAUUCUUGGGUUUUAGCAAAUCCUGUCUGUGGGUUGUCUGUUUAUUGCCAGCUGCUCUUAGCUUUUCGGAUAGGGUGGGAUACAGCUUUUCCUUGCUUUUAGGGUUCUGUAUGUGCGAAUUCUCUCUUAUGUGAUGUCCCUUUUUAUACCAAAAAUCUGUUAUACACGAGGUAAAUUCACUCGUAGGUGAUCGCUGUGGUGGAAGCCCACAGUCAGCUGCUUUGUGUGGUGCAUUGUGGGAGUGACACGCACCAAAAUAUAGUCUCCUGUGUAGAUAUGAGCUUCUCGCUUGUUGUCUGCAAUAUGUUUCUGUAGUUGCCAUCACUAUUAUGGUAAUUUUCACCACCACCCUGUGCUUGUGUGUAAUGUUGUUAAAGGAUGAAAAGUGACAAGGAGCCUUUUUUUGUGAAAUUUAUAAAGUCUUCUGGAAAUUCUGAAUAUUUUUUUAAAGCUCUUGAGUCCAUAAAAGAAUUUCAGUCAGAAGAAUAUCUCCAGAUUCUUGAAGAAGCAGCUGCACUUGAUAUAAAAGAGAAUGACCAGUCCCUUUAUAUCUGUGACCCAUUUAGUGGCAUUGUUUUUAAUCAUCUCAAAAAGCUUGGCUGUAGAAUCGUUGGACCACAGGUAGUCAUAUUUUGCAUGCAGCACCAGCGGUGUGUCCCUAGAGCUGAAUAUCCUGUUUAUAAUAUGGCUAUGGCUGAUAUAACAAUAUCCUGUACCAGCCUUGAAAAAGAAAUUAGGGAAGAAGUUCAUAAGUAUGUUCAGUUGAUGGGUGGCCAUGUAUACAAAGAUCUCAAUGUGUCUGUAACUCAUCUUAUAGCUGGAGAAGUUGGCAGCAAGAAAUAUUUAGUAGCUGCUACACUGAAGAAACCGAUUUUGCUCCCCUCUUGGGUAAAAGCGUUAUGGGAGAAGUCUCAACAAGGUAUGACAAGUUGUAAAGACCUCAACAUGGAAGACUUCAUCUGUCCUUUGUUUCGUGGCUGUACUAUCUGCGUAACUGGUUUAAGCAGCUUGGAUAGGAAGGAGGUCCAGCAUCUUGCUACCAAACAUGGUGGUCAAUACACAGGGCAGCUCAAAAUGAAUGAAUGCACUCACCUCAUUGUUCAAGAGCCAAAAGGCCAGAAAUAUGAAUGUGCCAAAAAAUGGAAUGUGCACUGUGUCCCCAUCCAGUGGUUUUUUGAGAGCAUUGAGAGAGGCUUCUGUCAAAAUGAAUUGAUGUAUAAGGUAGAGCUUGGACCAAAACAAGAUGAUACACCCAGUACUUCAACACCUACUAACCAAGCCAGCAAACCUGACAGUCGUACACUUUCAGAUGUCAGCCAUAUUUCCAAUAUUAGUUUGAGUGGCAUUAAUGAAACAGCCUUUAGUUCUGCUAUGAACAGCAAGCUGGAUCCUCCUCCUGAUGACCUGGAAAAUUUGGAUAUCAGUUCUUUUGAAAGCCAUGAAGAUUUACUAGAUGGAUGUCGGAUUUAUCUUUGUGGCUUCAGUGGCAGGAAGUUAGAUAAGAUGAGAAGGCUUAUUAAUAAUGGUGGUGGUGUUCGAUUUAAUCAGCUCAAUGAAGAUGUCUCCCAUGUCAUUUUGGGUGAAUAUGAUGAUGAAUUGAAACAGUUUUUGAACAAGACAACUCACAGGCCUCAUGUAGUGACAGCAAAAUGGCUGCUGGAAUCUUUUCGUAAAGGUCACCUACUUCCCGUGGAACAGUACAUUCCUGCAAACUACCAGCCAAUAGAAAAUCCAAUUUUGGGGCAACCUGGAAUUAAGCCAGCUCUUCCCAAAAGCAGUAAUCUCUCAAAGAAGGAAACUGUGAGCCUUGUACAGUACCAGGAAGCAGAUGAAGAUGACCUCCUCUCUCAAUAUAUAAAUAAUGAUUCCACAUUAGUUGAAAAUGAAAAGCUUGACUCUGGCAAAUUGAGUGAUACCAACGUCCAAGAAGAGAACCAGUCGUCUGUCUAUCAUGGGUCCAUGGCAGAGACUUCUACAGGGAUUGAAGGAGGCUUAUUCAACAGAAAAAGCUUCCUUCUUUUGGGUUUUGGUGAAGAGGAUGAGUCGUACAUUGCAGAUCUUAUAAAGGAGAACUCUGGGAAAGUGCUUUCUCUUCAGAGCAGAGUGAUUGCUGACUAUGCUGUGGUUCCUUUACUAGGAUGCAAUGUGGAUUCAACUGUAGGAGAUGUUGUUACAAAUACAUGGCUGUUUGUGUGUGUGGAACAGCAGCUCCUUUUAAACCCCCUUUCCAACCCACUUUUCACACCAGUACCAGUAAUGGAAGGAUGCACUCCUCUGGAAGACUGUGUUCUUUCUUUUAGCCAGUUCAUUGGUGCAGAGAGAGACUCCCUGGUGUACUUGGCAGGUCUGCUAGGAGCAAGAGUCCAAGAAUUCUUUGUGCGCAGAUCUAAUCCAAAGAAAGGAAUGUUAGCUAGCACCCAUCUUGUGGCAAAAGAACCAGAUGGAUCUAAGUAUGAAGCUGCAAAGAAGUGGGACUUGCCUGCAAUCACUAUGGCUUGGCUCUUGCAAUCUGCAAGGAUGGGAAAGAAAGCGGAUGAGAGCAAGUUUUUGGUUGAAAACAUAGACACUGAAGAUAAAGAGAGUUUCAUAACUCAGCCUUCCAAAGCAGAGGCAGCUCCCGUGACUUUGCUAGGAUGGUCUGAUGCCUCUAGUCUCCUUGAAACCAGGAACAAAACAGCUGUGACUCCUCUUGAUAUGAAUCGGUUCCAGAGUAAAGCUUUCCAAGCUGUAAUCUCUCAUCAUAUUGGGAAAAAGCCAUCCCCUCCAGCAGAAGGAAGACCACUCCAGAAAGAACCGUCUUUACACCUUGACACACCAUCCAAAUUUCUUUCCAGAGACAAGCUCUUCAAGCCUUCAUUUGAUGUCAAGGAUGCCUUGGCAGCUUUGGAAACUCCAGGGGGUCCCGACCAGAGAAAUAGAAAACAGAGUACUCCUCUCUCUGAAGUCAUUGGCAGGAACUUGAAACUGGCUCUGGCAAACAGUACACGUUAUACAACAGCUCUUUCUGCCAGCCCUCAGCUGAGGGCUGCACAAACAGAAGUGGAAGAAGAACCCAAACCUUUGGCUGAUGUAGUUAUAUGUGUUAGUAAAAAACUAAGUAAGAAGCAGAGUGAACUGAAUUCUAUUGCAGCUUCUGUUGGAGCAGAUUACAGGUGGUGCUUUGAUGAAACAGUAACUCACUUCAUCUACCAGGGGCGACAAAAUGACAGCAACAAGGAGUACAAGUCUGUUAAAGAAAAGGGCAUACACAUUGUUUCAGAGCAUUGGCUUUUAGAGAGCGCACAAGAAAAUAAACGGCUUCCUGAAUCCCUGUUUCCUCACACCUACAAUCCCAAAAUGAGCCUGGAUAUUAGUGCAGUACAAGAUGACAGGCUCUCCUCCGGUCGGUUUUCAUCAACUGGAAAAAUGGGAAAGGAGAACGAGGAUGUUUUGUUGGAUGAAGAUAACCCAGGAAAUGAAACUACAGAUCAGACAAAAGAAGUAUUCAUGGAAGAGGAAGAGCAAAUUGCAGCAAAUGAACCUAAAGGAGUUUUAACCCAGACAUUGGAAAUGAGAGAGAACUUUCAAAAACAACUACAAGAAAUCAUGUCUGCCACAUCAAUAGUGAAACCACAAGGACAAAGAGGAUCCCUGUCCAGGAACAGUUUUGACAAUUCUCCUAGCACACCUGAUAGCACACGAUCUAUGCGUAAUGGCCGUAGUAGAGUUUUGGAAGCUCUCAGGCAAUCCCGGCAAGCAGUGAUGGACAUGAAUACAGAACCAUCACAAAAUGAACAGAUUAUCUGGGAUGACCCCACUGCAAGAGAGGAGAGAGCAAGGCUUGUCAGCAAUUUGCAGUGGCCCAACAGUCCUUCCCAGUGCUCUGAACAAAUUCAAACUAAUGUAAAUAAUACGGAUGAGCCCCCUGUCAGGAAGCCCUUAACUGAAAUGGAAACUGCUGAUUCAGCUGUCCGUGAUGUUGAGAAUGCAGGCAUAACUGAAGUCUCAAGGAGCCGAGGGGUCAGAACUCCAGAAACCCCUGUACAAGAUGAUCAUUUGAUCCCCACACCACAAGCCCCAAGCAUUGCCUUCCCACUAGCUAACCCUCCUGUGGCUCCACAGCCCAAAGAAGAGGUUGUUAUAGCAGAUGAGGUUGAAGAACCAGAAAAGCAGCGUAAAUUCCAGCUGUCUUCUCUUAAUCCUCAAGAGCGAUUUGACUACUGUCAUCUGAUUGAAGAACUAGGUGGGAUAGUGCUGGAGAAGCAGUGUUUUGAUCCAAGUUGUACACACACUGUUGUGGGACAUCCUCUUCGAAACGAAAAAUUCUUGGCCUCAAUGGCAGCUGGGAAAUGGGUCCUUCACCGUUCUUACCUAGAAGCAUGCAGAGCAGCCAGGUGCUUUGUACAGGAGGAAGAUUAUGAAUGGGGAAGCAACUCCAUACUCGAUGUAUUACCUGGAAUCAACAUAAACCAGAAGAAACUAGCACUUGCAGCUAUGAGAUGGAGGAAAAACAUCCAUAAAAGGAAGCAAGAAACUGGCAUCGCUGAGGGGGCAUUCAGUGGCUGGAAAGUGAUUUUGAAUGUUGACAAAGCCAAGGAAGCAGGGUUCAAGCGUCUUCUUCAGUCAGGCGGUGCAAAGGUGUUUCCAGGUCAUUCUUCAGCUUUGUUUAAAGAAGCUACUCACCUUUUUGCUGACUUCAGCAAACUGAAACCAGAUGAUUCCAGAGUUAGUGCUGUGGAUGCUGCAGCCCAAGGAGUGAACUGUUUGAAACCUGAAUACAUUGCUGACUACCUUAUACAGGAGCCUUCUCCUCCAAUGGAUUGCUACUGUCUGCCAGAAGCUGUUCCUUACCUACAAAAUAGUAGAGAGCCUGGAAUCAGAUCAUCACAGAAGAGAAAAGCACCUGGAGAAACAAGCAGUGUCAAAAGAUCCAGAAUCUACUAAGCAGAAUCUGUCUUACUGUCCUAUUUAUGUUUUGCCCCUACCUUGUUAAGAAAAUUAAAAUUUUUAUUUUAGUUUCA